AUUACAAACUGCCUCUAUUAACAUAAGAUUUUUUUGGUAUUACACAAAUUUGCGAAUUUUAGAGUGCAGAAUAGGCUUUCAUCAACACUGUAGUGUGGAUCAGCCAGGAAUGACACCUACUCAGCCGUUCGGGGUGGAUUGUGAACUAACUGAUUGCAUUUGGGGAAAAAAGGGUGAUAACUUUGAGAAGUGUAAAACGGAUUGCACACACACGAUCGCAAGCUGCACAGACUAUCUCAAACGGUAUGAAGAUAAUAGUGAAAACACUCCUCCUGUCCCCAAUAAUCCAUCCUCUGUCCCCAGUGAAAUGAACCCAGAGGGCAGUGGACAGACGCGGGAUCAUGACGACAGUACUAAGAUGGUUUCUACAGCAAACAUGGAAUCGUCUGAGCCGCACGCGACAACACAACACAAUACGUCGGGAGAUCAAAGCGAAAUCACUAAUACGAUCGGAUACCAUGUUACAGGGGAUAGUGCCCUGGUUAGUGAUUUGGAAACAGAUGAAAAAACAGUCUCUGACAACACGGACAACUCCGUUAGUUUUCAGCAUCAGGAAAUUGAAGUAAUAAGUACGGAAUAUCACAGCACACACGGCGGCAGGGUGACAGUAUCGGAUACAACGACAGUGACAGGAAUAAUGACUACCGAUAAGCCUAUUGGAAGCGGUAGUGACACGAAUGAACGAACAACAAAAACAGAUGACAAUAUCAGGGCUGAUUCCGAAAUAAAUAUAAUAAAGCCUGGACUGCGACCCGUGCGGGAGCGAAGUCCAGCGGCAUCUCGGGUGAAUUGGAAACUACGCCGACGGGAGCCAUUCGGCUCUUCUUAA